AUGGCUCCGUGUAUCUACAACCAAUCCGUUGUUCACCAUGCUGGGAUGUGUGAGAAAGACAACAACAAAUUGAGAAAACCUAUUGUGGAGAAAAUGCGCAGGGAUCGCAUCAACAGCUGCAUAGAGCAGCUCAAAGUCAUCCUGGAGAAGGAAUUUCACAAGUGGGAGCCCAACUCCAAGCUGGAGAAAGCAGACAUCUUGGAGAUGACAGUCAGCUUUCUGAGGCAGCAGCUGCAGUCAGGUCUCUGUCACAGCGACUACAACCAGACCUACUCUCACUGCUGGAGGGACUCCAUGCACUUCCCCUCUGCAGGCUCCAACACAGAGACCUCUACUGCUCCUCUGCAGGCCUUCCAGCAACAGGACCAGGUUCUCCAUCAGGACCAGAGAGUCAGCAGCUCCUCCCCAGUCUCCCCCACCCUCAGGCCCAUAACACCACAGGAAAGAGGCUCAGUUUGGAGGCCUUGGUAGAGACUC